AUGAGCAAUGUGUCAAUGAUCUCCUGUCAAGCAAAACCACUUCACUUGUUAGAUGAACUGUUGGCUUCAUUGACAUCCGAAGAAUUGAAGGAGCUGGAAAGGGAACUUGAGGAUAUUGAUCCGGACGGCAAUGUUCCCAUUGGACUAAGACAGAAAGACCAGACUGAGAAAACUCCAACUGGAACCUUCAGCAGAGAAGGUUUGUUAAAAUAUUGGGAAAGCAAGACCAAAAAACUUUUAGAAAAUGAAAGAACAGUGCCAGGAAAAAGCCAGAAAAUAAGUGAUGCUUCAGAGGAAGAAGCCUAUACAGAAGAUGAGGAAGAAGAAGACAAAGUUACUGAAGAGGAUGAUGAAGAGAGUCAUGUUACUGAAAACAAAGAUGAUGAACACAAACAAGGGGAUGUCAUUGACAGAAUGUUGCACAGCACAUCAAAAAGCAGCCAUGAUCAAAACAGACAAAACCAAUGUAAUGGAAAACUUGGUGGCGGUAAAAACUGUACACAAGAAACAAACGAAGAUCCUAGUCUUAAAGUAACUGCCAGCAGGCCGAGUGGUAAUCUGACUGUACUUGAUGACACCCUUGAAAAGAUAAUAAACAACGAUCUCAAUACACAUGAAAUAAAUCUUAAUAACAUUGAAAACAUAACCAAGGAGAUGCUCAUUCGUUUUGCCGAGGCCCUCAAGACUAACACCAUUGUUAAGCUUUUUAGCUUGGCCAACACUCAUGCUGAUGACUGUGUUGCAUUUGCAAUUGCAAAAAUGCUUACAGAGAACAAAAGCAUUGCCAGUCUUAAUAUUGAAUCCAAUUUUGUUACAGGGAAGGGCAUCCUCGCCAUAAUGAGGGUUCUCCGGGAUAAUACUGCAUUGAAAGAGCUACGGUUCCACAACCAAAGACACAUUUGUGGAGGCCAGACUGAAAUGGAAAUAGCUAAGCUUUUAAAAGAUAACACCACCCUAUUGAAACUGGGAUAUCAUUUUGACCUUCCAGGACCAAGAAUGAGCAUGACAAGCAUUUUGACACUGAAUCAAGAGAGGCAGAAACGCCUCCAGGAGCAGAAGCAGCAAGAAGUGGAAAGGAGAGAAGGAUCUGAGGGACCAGUCAAUCCAAGAACCAGUGUGUUGAAGAAGAUGCCAACCCGGAAAAUAGCAGAGGUUAUUAAACUUCAGGAGCAGUUCAAGGCAAAACAACAGACUGGCCAGCAGAAAUCUAAAGUCAGGAAGAGCAAAAAAACAGAGUGGAAAAACAAUAUCCUGAAGGAAUUGAAGUAUGCUCUAAAACCAAUUUCUGAGAAGAAAGCAGAUGACAGAUCCAGACCAUCCACACCCCAGAUAUCUCUUCAUGAUAAUCUGAUGGCAGCAAUCUGUAACAGUAGUAUGAAACAGCUGAAACAGGUUGAAGUUCCAGAAUGUCUUCGGUAACUGUGGAAGAGAACCAAACGAAAACAGAUGAUGUCUGAUUUGUACGUUGCAUUUUUUUUUUUUUUUUUUUUUUUUUUUUACGCAGGAUCAGUGUAGCAUAUUUAUGUUCUUUGAUUAAAAUUCACAUUCAACUCAGAUUAAAAGGUAACAAAAUGGUUAUACAUAGUUUACUAAAUAUGCAAUGUAAUAUAAUACCAAGCCAUUUGUAGCUUCUGUGUUGAUGCUUGCUUGAUAAAUGAUUAUUUUUUUUUUUUAAUUGAUUUGACUUAUCUGUAAAUAAAACUUUUUCUGUAGUAAAUAUAUUCAAGGCAAAAUAUGUAGAUUAAACUGGAAUUAAACAGAUUUCCUUUGUCAUGUACAAUAUGCCCCUUCCUAGGUUUACUUCUCCCAUAUUGUUACUGGAAUGCACAGUAUUCCUUUCUUGAAAUUAUUCAGCAACAGCACACCUAGCUAUCAGCUCUACAUUUUCAAGAAUGCAAUUAACACUUUAACAUAUAUAUCUACACACACACACA